CAGUAAACUUAUGAAUAUGAACUAGUUAGUUGUUCAAAAUAAAACAAUGCCAAAUCAAAAUAAACUUAAUUAUAAAUGUAUUUCUAUAAAUAUAACUUAUGCAUGUGCAUAAAAUAACAAUACUUGAAAUAUAAGUGGUUUAAUUACAACUAACAGUACAUCCCAAGCAGGUACAGCUUAUCACCCCAAGCCAUGGAAUCUGGAAAAGCUGGAUAAUUAUCUCCCAGCCAGAUGAGUCAAUAAUUAACUCAUAAUUAACAAUCAGUGGAAAACAAAAACAAUAUUUGUCUCUUUCAUCAUAAUAAUUAUUGAAGGUAUUAUCUGCAUCAAAGUGAACUAGAUUGAACUUCAAAGUGACCAAUUAUUAAAGAAGAAUGUAUAUAUCACUAGCCAAUCAAAAUCAGAUUACUCAAACAAACAACCAAUUACAGUUUAUCAAGACUAAUUUAAUAAAUUCAACCAAUAGAAAUUGUCCUUCCAGAUAAUAUGUGAUGCUUUGCUAUAAAAAGGCUGACUGUGGCUACAAAUGCAUAGCCUGCUUUCAGCAGAAGAAACAACAUACCUUGCAUAUUAUAAGCAUUUUGAGUUGCUCUGUUGGUUUGAACCACAUAUUUUAUAGUUAUAUAUAUUGUACAACUGUAUUUAUCUGUUACAGAUAUGGCUACCAUCACAGACUCCCAGCUCUUCCAGUAUGCCACAGAGCUCAGGAAUCUACUCAUCUCUUAUGAGAAGGCCAACCAACAGAUUUCUACUCUGGACUCGUACAUCCAGCACCUGACCCAGCAGACCUUCUGGUCCACUCUACAAGAUUCCACCCCCCUGGCCAUCCGCCAUCUCACCAAGAAGUCCAUCGCCAGCGGAAUCAAGAAGGUCUACCAGCAGGUCUCCACCCAGAAAUGGAAGAGGGUUACAGAGUUAUCUGUCCUUGUCCUCCAGCAGCUGGACUCCCCGGACGUCCAGCCAGAACCCCCCACCACCAGUGCAGGAAGGUCAACUGAGAUGGACGAGAUGGCCCCCCUCACCAGCCAGAGUUUCUGUGAGUUGUACCGUAGUGCCUGAUGUCCCUGUGUUCUGUGAUUAACUGUCUGUGAUUGGAGAAGCCUUCUGUGAUUUGUGAUAUACCUUUGUGAAUUGUUGUGAUGUGCUGUUCUGAGUUAGUGCUUGUGUUUGAUUGUAAGUGCUCAAUUUGUUCUGUUGUCAAUAUAUUAUAUAUGCCAUAUUCCAAAUGUUUACUAAUUAUUGUACAAAUGCAUAACAUUUUAUAUACAUGUUUAUAUAAAAGUGCUAUAUCAAUAAAAUUCAAUAAAAUAAAUGAUAAAACUCAGCCCUUA